ACUUUGCGUAACCAACAUGGCGGCGUACAGGACUGUCGUCGGCGCGGCUUGGAAAGGUGCAGCGCUUGCUACUAGUGGUGGGUGGUUGGUGACGAGCUACCCUUCGCCGGCGCUGCGCCGAUGCUUGAGGCUGCAGACCGUGUGUCUUUGCAGUGCCGGGACGGAGCCACGCGGGAGCCGAAAGGAGAGCAGAGCGACUGCGGAAGCGGACCUAGAAAGCGAGGGUCCCGAGUACAUUCCCCUUAAAAAGGCGAAGAAUCCCAUGGUGAACAUUGGGUAUGCAUGGAUGAUCGGCCUCCCCGCUGGUAUUAUCGGCUUCCUGCUGGCCAAGAGGCAAGUGGACAGGAACCGAUUAAAGCAGCUGAAGGUUCGGCAGAGGAUGCGAAGUUCAAACGAGGGGGACUACGAAGGAAGCCGCUACCGCAAUACUGCAGCGAACGUUAAACUCGACCCGUAAUGCCUUGGCCCAAUGGUACUGCUGUUGAAGACUGAUUCUUAAUUAAGAGACCUGGUUCUAAACAUCCCGAGAGAUUCUUUACUGGAUGACUGCCCUCCAAGCCCAUGCGCGGACAGAACCUUUGAGUAAUAUAAUUUUAAAAUGUGAUUGAUUCAAAGAGUUGCAGUGAAUUAUUUUUGCUGUAUCAGUGUAAUGCGGAAUACCUCACAUUGAUUUAACUUCUCUAAAAUCCUCACGAAGCACAAAGCUCAGAAAUAAAACAUUUUAUUGUAUAUGAAAAGCCAAACAAUGUAUUUACAAGCCAUGGGUACCCAAAGGGUCACCAAUCUUUCUAAAACAGAUACUUUGGGGUUAUUUGUGAAUGAAAAGGAACACACACUUCUCAAAUAUUUGAAAUUCAAAUUACUGUACGUCAUUAAGUCAUCUAUGUGACGACACCGAUCGUGUUAAUUUCUCCGAGGGAAAAAAAAUUACAUGCAACACUUUUGGAGUAAAUUUUCAAAUGAUCACUUGUUCAACAUUCCUAGAAAAUUACAAUGUCUCAUCGCUGGCGAGCUGUUUUUGAACAGGCCCGCAGGCUACUCUUGGGAUUCUUGUUGGUGACCCCCUGCCGUACUCCAGUAGGUGGGGAAACAAUUUGUUGACAAGCUAUCGUUCCAUAUUAAAACGAGAAAGACUGACAAAAAUACAAUAUGCAACAACUAUACAGUCGGCGUGAUAGAUCAGGCAUG